AUGACUUUUAUAGUUCUUGGAAUGCUGAAUACAGAAAUCCUUAAACUUUCACAUGAACAUAAUCAUGCAUAUACUUAUCAAAUUCUAUUAGACAUAAUAGUGGAAUUUUUAUUAGUACUCUGUACACUUUAUAAUUUAUAUUUUUAUUUAAAAUCAUUCGACAUAUCAGAACCUAUAUUAUCAAAUAUAGGAAUUAUAGGAUUUUUAAUAUGGACUUUUCUGAAUUUAAUAAAAAUUAUUUUUAUAAAUAAUCAUUGUACUAAUUUGUAUCGUGAGGUACAAAUAACAGCACAUUUACUUCGACAAUUGGAAAUUUGCUAUUUAGAUAAUUCUAUUAGAAAUGAGGUGCAACAAUUUUCAUUACAAGUUCUUCUUCAUCCUUCAAAAUUUACUGCUGAUGGUUACAUUCUUAAUAAUAAAUUAUCAACGAAAUUUUUUAGUAGUUUGAUGACUUAUUUGGUUACAUUAGUACAAAUAAGUUCGUCGUCAAGUUUGAUGAAGUUCUUUGAAGAUUAAUGAUUUGUUACUAUUAAAAUUAUGGUUUAUUAUUUCUUAAAUUUCAUAGCAUAUCAUUGUAAUUUGUGAAUAAGAAAGUAAU